AUGAAAUCAAUUACAAUAAACAUUCUUAUUUUUGUCGUUUUGUUGUCAACAAUAACUGUUAUAGCCAGACCAGUACCUCUUAAAUCCAUUGAUGGAGCUGGUCUUAACGACCCACGCAAAUAUAUUUCUGUUGAUAGAGCUGAUCCUAGCGACCCACGUAAUAAUAGCAAAUAUAGUUCUGUUGGUGGAAUUGUUCCUAGCGACCCACGUAAUCAAGGCAAAUAUAGUUCUGUUGAUGGAGCUGAUCCUAGCGACGCACGUAAUAAUGGCAAAUAUAGUUCUGUUGAUGGUGCUGAUCCUAGUGACCCACGUAAUAAAGAAAAAUACAGUUCUGAAUCAUAA